UCUGAGACUUGAGAUUUCAGUUGCGAAUAUUCAACACACGAGCCACGGAAUAAAUGGAACUCGUGGGAAGAGACUCGCGUUUCCGUUCGUCAUCUUGUUAGGAGCUUUGUGAAGUUUCGUCCGCGCGAACGUGCGCGAUACGCUCGAACAUAAGACGCGCUUCUUCAAGUACAAAGCCUGCCGGCGAUCCCCACUUUCGUGUACGGCCUUUGAAAACAUUUCAUUUCAUUUGUGUGCGGGAUCAUUGCUCACCGCAUAGCAGGGCCAGGAUAGAACCGAAGAGGGGAGAGCAGCCUCACACAAACAUACACGUGUGUAUGCUUGAAAGAGCGGCGAAGAAUGGGGAGCUGUUUGUCGAAGAAAUGGAGUGUGGCAGAAGAAGGGAGAAACUCAAGUAUUGGUGUGGCAGUGGUUAAACCGCUCCGAUGACUCAUCCACAUUCGUGUCAGAAACGUCAAGUGACCGCAUGAGAUAAAUUCGACUUAUGGAAUGACGAAAUAAACUUAAUAAUCGACUGGACAAACGUGUAAUCGGGAUAUUACAGCAAUUUUUUCGACUUCACAAAGUGCUUUGUUAUCUGUACGAUGGAGGAGGAGACGGCGAAUCGGCCCAAGUGGUUGCUGGAGCUGGAAAAUCGUAAGCGAAAGCCGCGUUUAGCACACGAGGCUGGUGCUGGCGCACCGUGCACGAACUGCAACUCUGCGUGUCCUGGCCUUGAUUUGCACUUCUGGAGAAAAAUCUGCAAGAAUUGCAAAUGUAGCCGAGACGAUCAUGAUGUUGACAAUGACGAGUUCCCACAGUUUGACCUGCUAUUUGGACCAAGCGGAAAAUUUAAAAAGAAAUUGAUGCGUCUGCAAGUAAACAACAAAAAACAAAAUGAAGGUGAAACCACGUUUGAGUGGGUACCACCGGAUACAACCAAGGAACUUGUUAUGGAUUACAUGAAGGCUUUGCCGGCCGAUAAAUUGCCGAUUAAAGGAUCAGCUGGUGCCGCUUUGAGAAGGCAGUUAUUGCAGAAACAAUUACCACUGCAUGAUAUUGAUCAUAAGGCUUGCGAUGCUCUUAGCGAGCAAGAACAGAAGCAGUUUGAGAAAUAUUUGGAGAACAUCAAGAAGUACGCAGGACAAGGCAAAGUAAUGAAGAUGUUAGGUGCUCGUCCGUUCGACUGUUCUCUCAUGACGCUCGUUAAUGCAAUCAACAUGCAACGUUGCUGUUCGCAACACAAACCUUACCCUGGCAUCCAAUUACGUACACCGAGUAGCUUUACUGUGAAGAGUCCGUACGCGAAGCAUCUGUACGACAGUCCAAAUAGGCUGCAAGAUGCCACAGUCAGGAGUGACCAGAGGAUGCCUAAUGCAGAAGAAUACAACCGUUCCUUGGCAAACAUGUCCAAUAUCGGCGGCAUUGUCGCAAGAUCGCUGCCCGUCGAGGGCAAGUUCCACAGUAAUCCCCAAAACAUGAAUGACGGCGUGUCGACGAACGGAAGGGGCGGCAAAAUAGUGAACUCCUCGGUCGCUGCGCGUCUCGCCGAGCAGGAGAUUGUAGCCGCUCGUGAGAAGCAUAUUUCUGGUAAUUAUCCGCCGCUUGAAUGGAAAAACGAACUGAGGAGCGCGUCGACGCACUCAGAGGAGCGUAGAGAAACGCUGAGCAACACCACGCCAGGAUACAAUCUCGCAUACUCAGAAGAUCAGAACAGCGAAGCGGCUACCAUCGCCGAGAAUAUGCUGGCCGACGCGCUUCUUCCGCCUAGUGCGAUACACAUCAAUGACAUCAUCGGGAGCACCUUGGACGAGAAGGGAUUGAUGUUUAUAAGGGAGAAGCUCGCUGACAAGUACAACGCAUUGGAGAACCCAGUGCUGCACACCGCUCCCAAGUCGUCGCGGCCGUUGGAUACGAGCGACGUGCUGCACCCACGUGGUGGUGCGCUCAAAGAAGCUAACAGUUCCGCCAAUGUCAACAAGGAUGCCGAGAGAGCUGCCAUCGCAGCUGCUACGAGGAGUCCGACGGGAACCUUCCUGGAGAGAACGGAGCCCGCUAACGCUACAGGUGCUCCUUUAGAAGCCGAGAGGAGGACGUGUAAACCUUUGUCUCACGUGACCCAAUCGACCACCGCGCCUGUUGGCCUCAAUGAGCAGUGCAGUCGGCCGUUGACUCACAAAGUGGUGGACAACGUCCUCAGUGUGCGUCCAAGUAUAUCCUUGGGGACGGACGUGUCCAGAGCUGCAAUGGAGAACACCCCGGAUGUAUUGCUGAAUAGAUGUAGGCCCGCGGAUACUAUUAUUCCCGCGUCGAACUCUCCUUCACAGAUCAGCAGCCCGUUGCAGGCCAAGCUGAGCAGUUCGCUCGUGCAACCGACCGUUCUGCGUUCCGAGCAGCUGCACAACCAGGUGUUUCCGCACAACAUUAUCGGAGCUAUCAACGAAGCGGAGCAGCAAAAUGUGCAGCACAUGGAGCACUUGAAGAACGCCAUGGAAGGUCUCAGAGUGGAUUCGACUGCAGCGCAAAAGUGUCGCAAGUGUCAUGAGGAUAUACGCAUUGGCGACGUCGUCGUGAUCGUGGAGAAAGCUAAGGACGCGUCCUGGCAUCCCGGUUGCUUCGUCUGCUCGGUGUGCAAUGAAUUGCUGAUGGACCUGGUAUACUUUCAUUAUAAGAACGAGUUGUACUGCGAGAGAGACUUGUCCGCACACUUGGGGAUCCCCCGGUGCUUCGCUUGCGACGAGUUGAUUUUCGUACGGGAAUAUACAGUCGCGGAAGGACACAAUUACCAUGUGAAACAUUUCUGUUGCUGGGACUGUGAUAUGCCGUUAGCUGGACAACAAUACAUCACCGAGAACGAUCGUCCCCUGUGUCUUCCUUGUUAUCAGAAAACAUACGCGAAGACAUGUGCUGCGUGUAAUAUUGUAAUUGCUGCCGAUCAGCAAGGUGUGUCUGUAAAGAACUUAGACUUUCAUGCAACCGAGACAUGCUUCUGCUGUUAUAGCUGUAAGAAGAAUUUACUGAACGGUAAAAUAGCAAUAAAGGAGGAUAAAUUGUUCUGUAGUAGAGAAUGUAUCGCAAAGUUCCUCAAUCGAUAAACUGUGUGAAAAUAGAAAUAAAAAAAGUUUAAUCACUAUUUUUGAUAAGUAGCAUUUUUAUUGCAUAA